UUCCACCAGAACUGAUGUGAGCGCGAGUUGGCGAGCACAUGCCACGUUGGGAGAACAGCCAAGUCUGAACUGAAUUGCCUUUACAGCAACAAGGGCUCGAGAGGACCAUUUCAAUUUAAUCCACCUUCAAAAAACCCUCACAACAAACAACAAAAAAACUCAACCAAGUGUUCUUUUUUAACCAAACCUCUGAAAGAAGAAGCCGACUGAGGAUCUGAGAGAACCGCAAGGAUGCACUUGUUGUCCGCCAGCUGCGUGUGUGCCCUCCUCAUCACCGUACUCCUCCGCCAAGUCAGCGGUUUGCAGACUGUUAUCGGCGAGUACGGGGAAACACUCGAGAUCCCGUGCAACAAUGGAGCCAUGAAGGCAGAGGACGUCUUACUGGCUAAAUGGAAAUAUGACAAAGGAGAGGGACCUCCGGGAGACCUGCUGGUCAAGACGGGAAACAAUGCUGCCACUAUCAGCGCCACGGAUGAAUACAAGAACCGUAUUAGCAUGGCUGCAAACUUCAGCCUGCUGCUUUCUUCGGCCACGCUUACUGACCAGCACACUUUCACCUGCAUGGUUGUGGCUGGUGCAGACAUAACAGAACACCCAGUAAAUGUGGUGAUCUACAAGAAGCCGGAAAGCCUGGAGAUUUCUGAGACAGCGAAGGAACUAGAGAUUGGCAAACUUACUGAGCUUGGAACAUGUGUUGCAAAAGAUGCCAAUCCAGCUGCGAAUAUCACAUGGCUAAAGAACAAUGUGGCUCUGGUGGCUGAUGGGAAAGGGAUUUCCAUCGAAGCCUCGGUGCAGGAGGACCCUGUUACUGGCCUUUCAACCACGUCCUCCAUUCUGAAGUACUCGGCCGAGAAGGAAGACACGGAUGCCCAGUUCACCUGCAGCACUCAGCCCACAGUGGGCACAGAGCUGGUGUCCUCUCCAACAACCUUCACUAUAACCUACUCCACAGAGAACAUCGUCCUCCAGGUCACUGCUCAGGACCCUCUGGUAGAGGGAGACAAUGUGACUCUGAAGUGUGUGGCAGAUGGUAACCCUCCUCCUACCAGCUUUAACUUCCACCUAAAGGGAGAGAUGGUGAGAGUGGAAAAUGCCGAUACUUACACCAUCACCAAUGUCUCACGUGAAACCACUGGUGAAUACAAAUGCUCUCUUGUUGACAACCCAACACUGGAGGCAACUGAGGACGUCACAGUGAACUACCUAGACAUCAAUUUAAGCCCCUCUGGAAAUAUCGUCAAGAGUGCUGGUGACGACAUGGAACUAAAUCUGCAGAUUGAUGCCUCUGGGGACUAUAAGGUCUCCUGGACAAAGGACAAUGUUAAACUGGAAAAGCAGCCCAAGUUUGCCAAGCUGAUUUACGCCGACGCUGGCCGAUAUGAGUGUGAGGUGACGAUGGGGCUCCUCAGCCAAAAAGCUCUCUUUGAUCUGACUGUCGAAGGUGCUCCCAUUAUCAAGCAGCUGUCCAAAAUGGCCAGUAAAGACGCCAACCAUAAAGUCCUGAUGUGUGAGGUUGAAGGUUCUCCAAAGCCAGCUGUCUCCUGGAGCAUCAACGGCACCUCGCUUGAAGAGAGUCCCUUCAUCAACGGAAAGAUAAGACACAAGAUCACAUUUAGGCCGGCUGUAAAUCUGACUGUCUCUUGUAUGGUGUCCAAUGAAUUUGGCGCGGAUAGCAAAUCUAUACAUGUGGCAUCCGUAAAUGUGGAGGUGGAAAUGGAUAAACAAGAUGAUAACGACCAAACCAAGUUGGUGGUCGGAGUCGUAGUCGGUCUCAUCGUCGCCACUUUGGUUAUAGGCCUGGCAUACUGGGUCUACAUGAAGAAAUCAAAGCAAGGAAGCUGGAAGACUGGUGAAAAGGAGAACGGGUCUUCUGAGGAGGAGAAAAAACUGGAGGAGAAAGUGGAAGAGAACAGCCAAAAAGCUGAGGUGUAAAGAAACGGCAACCAUCCUUUGGGAAUGUGAAAGUGAGAACGUGGAACUUUUGCACAUUUCUCUUCACCUCUGUCUUUGGGAAAAAUCAAAACGAGUGUACAUUGGAAUGAAGACGGUUUGGAUUUGGUUUCAGGGAGAAUUUUACUAAAAAACAUAUCCAAACACCCCCCCAGCCCCUCAAACCCUCACCUGUCCUUUCAUUAAAAAAAUGAAUGGAUACUGUAUGUGAUAUACAUAACUUGUCUGCACUACUGAUACACGUGUAAACUUGUCAACUAUUAGGAUUCAUGUUUGUUAGAAUGGAGUUUGGGAAGCUGAGAAAAUGCAGAUCUUCUUUGGUUUUGUUAGUUGAUGCAAAUAGAAUUACUACUAGACCAGUUGCCUUUGCUGUAAGGAUGUGUAGGCCUGCGUUAGUUUGGCUCUUUGGCCCUCGGAGACAAUACAGGAGCCGAGGGGCCUCACCACCAUCACUUCUUAGUUUAACGUCAUCACGUUCAAAAACCUCUGCCUUCAACAUCACUCUACUAAAUCUGUUGUUUUUGUGCAUCAAUUCAGGCGUAAAAAAAGAUGAAAUAGAGAUGAAACUUCUGAAAGGGCUAUGGGUAUAUUGUUAUACUCGCCGUUAGUUAUAGAUGGUAAUAUGAUUUAAACGUUGCAUAGCAGGAAGAAGGUGAUGUGCCACAAAGUUCGUACACAUUACAUGAUUUUUUUUGUGUUGUUUGUUUGUUCUUUAAUUGUGUGUACCUCUUUGCAAAGUAACCAGGAGAGAAAACAAAAACUUUUGCCUGUUUUCUUUUUCAAAUGUACUGUACAUUCGACAUAACCACUGUAUACCACAAGCAGGUAGAUUAUUGAGAGAAUGUAUAGCAUAACUCAUAUUACAGGCUUUCAUUUGGCUGUACAGAAUGUUUUACAUAAAGCCAUUGUUUGUUUCCAUGCAAGAAAAAGUCCUUGUAGUAGUGAAAGGAUUUUUUUAGUGUCAAGGCUGUAAGUGAAUUUGUGCUCCAUCAGUGUUGAGGUAUGAUUGUGUAUUGUGUAGCUAUGGCCUAAUGUUGUUACGGAGCACGUGGAGAGGACAAGACGUCAUGUAGCCGUCACAAUAUGUUUGCCUUCUUUUGAAAAUCUACCUGUAAUUGCUUCAGUUUGUGAUGUGCACUAGGGUUCAUGUUUUCAUGUCAGAAUUGUGUAGAAUAUGAUGGAAUACGCGCAGCUGUACAUGUCACGAAUUUGGUCCUUUUAAAGAGCAUUUACUAAAUUUGACUAUGUAUCAAGACCAGGAUGUAAUUGUGAUGUAUGUGAAUUUAAGUUUCUUUUUGCUAUUUAUAUUGUACAAGAUAAAAAUGUCCUGGUAGGCAAAUUCAAUAAUUUUCACACAAUCCACAACUUGGAUUAGUAAAUUGCUUGCAGACUUUCCAAAAAAAAAAACACGUAAUUAAGUUGCGAAUCAUCAGUAGGUUGCUCAGUGUCUGGUUGAAUAAUAGAUUCAGCAUGUGAUAAUCUCAGACCACCAAGCUGCUGUUUGUUGCCUACCAUGUGUGAAACCAUCAAAUUGGAAGAAUGACCAAAGAAAGUGAACAUUGCCAUGCAAGUAUUGUAAAUACCUGAUGUUUGUUUUUGUACUUUUGUUUAAAAUAAAGUGUACAUUUGGAAAAGUUA